AUGGAUCCUAAUCGGAAUAGCUCUAGUGAAACACUACGCCAAGAGAAACAGGGUUUCCUAGACAAAGCUCUUCGGAGGGUAAAAGGCAUAGCACUGCGACAAAGCAAUAGGGACAAAGACUCUAAAGCCGAUGAUGUGCCGAUUAGUAUACAAACUCCAACAGACUUACAGCCGCAGGAUUUUGAUAGGCAGUCUUAUGUAUUGUCCGUGCUUACGGACGACAUUUCCACCAUUGAUAAUAACUCAGUAUUAUUUUCAGAGCCUCCACAGAGCCAAUCUAUGAUGAUGUCUAUAUACGUAGGUGUAUUUGUUGCUGUUGGUGGCUUUCUGUUUGGUUACGAUACAGGUCUGAUCAAUAGCAUCACUUCUAUGAACUAUGUGAAGUCGCAUCUAGCACCCAAUCACGAUUCGUUUACUGCUAAACAGAUGUCUAUCUUGGUGUCAUUUUUAUCGCUUGGGACUUUUUUUGGGGCUCUGACUGCCCCUUUUAUAUCUGAUACGUAUGGCAGAAAGCCCACUAUCAUUUUUAGUACAAUCGUCAUCUUUUCUAUUGGGAACUCCUUACAAGUGGGUGCUGGAGGGCUUACCUUAUUAAUCGUGGGAAGGGUCAUAUCUGGUAUUGGGAUAGGAGCAAUUUCGGCAGUGGUGCCAUUGUAUCAGGCAGAAGCAACACACAAAUCAUUGAGAGGUGCUAUUAUUUCCACUUACCAAUGGGCGAUCACUUGGGGUUUAUUAGUGUCAAGCGCAGUGUCUCAAGGAACACACUCAAGAAACGAUGCGUCUUCAUAUCGGAUACCCAUUGGGUUGCAAUAUGUUUGGUCAUCGAUCCUAGCUAUUGGGAUGUUUUUUCUACCAGAAAGUCCGCGUUAUUAUGUGCUAAAGGAUAAACUAGAUGAAGCCGCCAAAUCUUUAUCGUUUUUGAGAGGUGUUCCGGUCCAUGAUUCUGGGCUACUGGAAGAGCUGGUCGAAAUAAAGGCCACUUAUGAUUAUGAGGCAUCUUUUGGUACCUCCAAUUUUGUAGAUUGCUUCAUUUCAAGUAAAAGUAGGCCGAAGCAAACCUUAAGAAUGUUUACGGGAAUUGCUCUCCAAGCAUUUCAACAAUUCUCAGGCAUCAAUUUCAUAUUUUACUACGGUGUGAAUUUUUUCAAUAAGACAGGGGUCAGUAAAAGUUAUUUGGUUUCAUUUAUAACUUACGCUGUUAAUGUUAUCUUCAAUGUUCCCGGUUUAUUCUUUGUGGAAUUUUUUGGUAGGCGUAAGGUCUUGGUUGUUGGUGGAAUAAUAAUGACUAUAGCGAACUUUAUUGUCGCAAUUGUUGGUUGUUCCUUAAAAACAGUAGCGGCUGCAAAAGUUAUGAUUGCAUUCAUAUGUUUAUUCAUAGCUUCUUUUUCUGCCACUUGGGGUGGUGUCGUUUGGGUCAUCUCUGCAGAAUUGUAUCCAUUGGGCGUGAGGUCUAAGUGUACCGCUAUAUGUGCUGCAGCAAACUGGCUUGUAAAUUUUAUUUGUGCUUUAAUUACCCCCUAUAUCGUGGACACUGGCUCUCAUACAUCGUCAUUAGGCGCCAAAAUAUUCUUUAUUUGGGGCUCUUUGAAUGCAUUGGGGGUAAUAGUGGUUUAUUUGACUGUUUAUGAGACAAAGGGUUUGACACUAGAAGAAAUUGAUGAGUUAUACAGUAAGUCAUCUUCAGGUGUUGUUUCGCCAAAAUUCAAUAAGGAUAUAAGAGAACGUGCAUUAAAAUUUCAGUACGAUCCUUUACAAAGAUUAGAAAAUGGUAAGAAUAGUCUCAUUGCUGCACAAAACAGUUCUGAUGACCAAACACCAAGGAAUGAUUUUAGAGAUACAACAGCAGGUGAAGCAGAGCAUAGUCCGAACCAUCAACAAAUGCAAAUCAUUUCUGAAACUGUUGGUUUACCGACUACUACGGAAAUCCCCCUAGUACCCAGUAAAGACAUUGAUGUAAUGAUCCCUGUGAACCGUCCCUUGGAGAGUAUAUCAGUUCCACAAGCCGAAGGGACUACUGAGAUCCUAACUAACUAUGUCGACUUAGGAAACGGUUUAGGUCUCAAUACAUAUAACAGAGGACCUCCCUCGCUCUCAAGUGAUUCAAGUGAAGAUUAUGCUGAAGAUGAAAUAGGCGGGACCUCAUUUCAAGCUGAUCAAGGCAACAGAAAUACUAUGAAUGAUAUCAAUGACUACAUGGCGCGCUUAAUCCACAGCGAUUCUGCUGCAAGCAAUACCACAGACAAAUUGUCCGGUAACCAAAGUACAAUUCGUUACCACACAGCUUCAUCUCGUUCCGAUAGCACCGAUGAAGAGACUGAUUCGAUGGACCUAGGAAAUGGCCUUGCUCUGAAUGCGUAUAACAGAGGACCGCCUUCAAUUUUAAUGAAUUCCAGCGAUGAUGAAGAUGAGACAUCUGAUACCAUGAAUGCAGGUGGUGAUUUGAGUGCUACGCAAGAGCGCAUGGCACAGUUUGCCCAGAGCUAUACUAACAAGAGGAGUGGUCCGGUACCUGAAACUCCAUCUUUUGUUUUGCACAGUUCUUUCCCUGUGCUGGCUCGUAGUGAUUCGAAACCGUCUGAUGCCGAUUACGAAACUCCUCCUUCAAACGAAGAAAGAAUACUGAAGCAUUCUGUAAAAGGGGACAAUGAUUCUGAAUAG